AUCUGCAUAUUGAACAGUACCGACUAAAAAUGGCUAGCCGGAGGAUCGGGUUCAUAGAAAAGCUAGCUGCUAGAUCCUUUCAGGCAAGCUUGGGUUCAAAUCCUCAUCAUGUAGCUCAACUGCCACGAUUUGCUGCAUGCACGUUGCCAGAGGUGCAGCAGCGGAGAUACCUCAAUGUGCAUGAGCAUGUCAGCUUCUCAGUGUUGCAGAAGAACAACAUCCCAGUUCCUGGCUUUGGUGUGGCUUCCACUGAAGAAGAGGCUAGGGAGAUAGCUACCUCUCUUGACUCAACUGAUGUUGUAGUCAAGGCACAGGUGCUUGCUGGAGGCCGUGGCAAAGGCUAUUUCAAGGGAGGCCUGAAGGGUGGUGUGAAGCUUGUCUUCAGUGCUGAUGAGGCUGCUGCUGUUGCUGGUCAGAUGAUUGGAGACAUGCUGGUGACAAAACAGACAGGCAAGAAGGGCAUCCCGUGCAACAAGGUGCUUGUCUGUGAAAGAAAGUUCCCACGUCGAGAGUUCUACAUUGCCAUCAUGCUUGAGCGGGCAUUUGGGGGGCCUGUGAUCAUCGCUUCGGCUCAGGGCGGCAUCAACAUAGAAGAAGUUGCUGCUGAAGAUCCUGAUGCCAUUUUCAAAUUCCCUGUCGAUAUUGUAGAAGGUAUUACGGACGAAAUCGCUGAAAACAUUGCCAAAAAACUAGGACUGGAGAAUCGUAUGGCAGAAACGGUCGCCGUUAUCAAGAAUCUUUACAAUGCUUUUAUCACUCACGAUGCUUCUAUGAUUGAAAUCAACCCAUAUGCCGAAGACACAUAUGGCAAAAUGUACGCACUUGAUGCCAAGAUGCGUUUUGACGACAACGCCUGGUUCCGUCAGGAGGAGAUUUUCAGCCAGCGGGAUGACUCUCAGGAGGAUGCCAAGGAGGUUGAGGCGGCCAAAUAUAACCUUAAUUACAUUGCUCUGGACGGUAGUAUUGGAUGUCUUGUGAACGGCGCUGGUCUGGCCAUGGCCACGAUGGAUAUCAUCAAGCUGCACGGCGGCGCUCCCGCUAAUUUUUUGGACGUUGGCGGCGGUGCCUCAGCCGAGCAGGUCAAAGAAGCUUUCAAAAUCAUCACCGCAGACCCUCAGGUUCAUGCCAUUAUGGUGAACAUCUUCGGGGGCAUCAUGCGCUGUGACGUGAUCGCCCAAGGCGUCAUUGCGGCGGCAGAGGAGCUGUCCCUGAAGAUCCCGAUAGUGGUGCGCCUGCAGGGCACCAACGUGGACGACGCCAAGGCGCUCAUUGCGCUCUCUAACCUGCGCAUCCUGGCCUGCGACAACCUCGAUGAUGCCGCCAAGAUGGCAGUCAAGCUCGCCCAAAUUAUUACCAUGGCUAAGAGUGCCAACAUCGAUGUCAAUUUUGAAAUACCUGUUUGAAUGCUCGUGCUAGAUUGCCUAAAAGGUUCACAAACGGCGGUGAUAUUGACAUCAAUCAAUCUAAAAUUCAUAAUUUAUCAUAGUCAACUCAAAGGAAUAA